AAACACUAGUUUGUUUCAGAAAUCUUCUUCUCUCUGAAUACAUAUGGAUCCAUCUCCCAAGCUAUAGAGAUCCAAGAUGGGAACAGGCUCAAUGCCAGUUAAUUGCAUUCUGCCGGAAAAAAAUCCAUAGCUAGCCUCUCUACAUAACACUCAAUCCCUGUAUAUUGUUUGUUUGUUUCAUUCACUCAUCUCUUUUUUAAUUAAACCAAGUCGGGUUUGCGCCGGUCAAUAAAGUAAGUUGGUUCAAUAAUGCAAGAGUACUCUUUAUGUACUAUCAGAUUAAACAGUAUUCUAUGCUCUCUCCUUUCCUACUUUACUCUUAGAGCGAUUCAUCCUUUGUCAUCAUCAUCAUCAGAGAACGAUUUCAGGAACAUUCCACAUAAAUCUCCACACUCUGUCUGAGAAGAAACAUGAGUCACCCGAGAAGUGAGGACGAUAUAUUUGCCGAGUUCUUUGGUGCCUCUAUCCCUUCUGGUCCGAGAAAUGCGGAUGGUAUAUAUGCUGACUACUUUGGGGCCUCUAGCCCUUCUGCUCCCAGACGUGAGGCUGAUAUAUAUACUGAGUUCUUUGGGGUCUCUAGCCCUUCUGCUGCUGCUGCUGCUGGUGAUAGCAGCAAAGGAGGAGAUGGUGGUGACGGCUCAUUGCAUCACGGUGGAGCUAGGAAGGCAGCUCCUAUUGAAAAAAAGUUGCCUUGUAGCCUUGAACAUCUUUACAAAGGAACCACAAAGAAGAUGAAGAUCUCCAGGGAGAUUGCUGAUGUCAUUGGCAAGACGAUGCAGGUAGAAGAGAUUUUGACUGUUGAUGUGAAACUGGGGUGGAAGAAAGGCACAAAGAUUACAUUCCCUGAGAAAGGAAAUAAGCAACCUGGUGUGAUUCCAGCGGAUUUAGUCUUCAUCAUCGAUGAAAAGCCUCAUCCGGUUUUCACUCGAGAGGGUAACGACCUCGUAGUCACUCUGAAGAUCUCAGUUCUCGAGGCCUUUACCGGCUACACCAUCAACCUGACUACACUUGAUGGUCGGAGACUGACAAUCCCAGUCAACUGUGUGAUCCAUCCCGAGUACGAAGAAGUGGUUCCAAUGGAAGGAAUGCCGUUGCAGAAAGACCAGACUAAGAAAGGUAACUUGAGGAUCAAAUUUAACAUCAAGUUCCCUACAAGCUUAACCUCAGAGCAGAAGAUAGGGUUGAAGAAACUUCUCGAAUGAUUUGGGUUAAAACCAGCCCAUUCCAGACAAAACAAUGUAGAAUACGAGAGGAACAAGAAGAUCGAAGCUUCUAUAUAUCUUGUUGGAGAUGGCUGAGAUUCCGAAUAAAUACUGUUGGGACCUUUCUGAUCAUUUUGUAACAUAUGUAUGAUUGAGUGAGUACUCUUGUGACCUUUCUGAUCGAUUUGUAACAUAUGUAUGAUAAAAAAAAUACAGUUGUGGCCUUUCUGAUCGCUACUUUUCCACAAUUCAAACGCUAUUAAACCAUAC